UCAUUCAUUGUCCUCUAAUGGCAUUCAUCACUAUCCAAAGAAACACAUCCAUUGAAUCCAUUCACCAAAACAUGAAGAUUAAGUGUGAUUCAAAUCAACAAAUGAAGUACUCUUUAGUGGAGUCACAGACACUGGACUCCCAUAAAAGUGGUAACGAGUGCUACUUCGCUGUGAGGGGUGCGGCCAUCAUAUUACCACAUGAAGAGUGUAUUCAUGUCUACAAGAGUUUGUCGAAGAACUCGUCCACAGCUGACAUUCAGAAGCACUUGCAGUCUAUGUUUGUUUUGCUCAGACCUGAAGACACACUCAGAAUGGCGGUCAAACUGGAGAGCAUAUACCCCAACCGAACCCGAUAUCUAAUUAUCGUUAGUUCUAUGUCUCAGUCGCGAGAAGAGAGUUGUCUCUUAGGCAUCGACUGUAAUAAUGAGGCGUCCAUUGGUUUAGUACUUCCCGUUUGGGCCGACACUCGCAUUACACUCGAUGGCGACGGAGGUUUUAGUAUAACAUCCUAUGAAAGGCAUCAUAUAUUCAAACCCGUAUCCGUUCAGGCGAUGUGGUCUGCUCUGCAAACACUGCAUAGAGUGAGCCAUAAGUCUAGAGAACAUAAUUACUUUUCCGGCGGAACCUCUCACUCUUGGAUUAGUUAUUACGAAAAGAAGGUUACAUUUGAUCGCUCGGCAUAUAAUGAAUGGCAUGCAAUGGAUGAUUUGCUGAAUAAGAGGCCGCCCUCUCCAGACCUGCGAACAAAGCCUCCCGAACAGGUGGCGACCGAACAACUAAUUCGUGCCAAACUCAAGGAAGUAAUGAUGGCCGAGAAUCUCGACGAAGUCACCUCCAAAUACAUCCGAACCAAAAUCGAGAGAGAGUUGGGAAAGGAUUUGAGUCAAUAUAAGUCAUUCAUCGACGAGGAAAUGCUCAAAAUAUUGGGACAAAUGGAUGAGUCCUCACAGAUAUUCGACUACUUGUAUUUGGGCUCUGAAUGGAAUGCCUCCAACUUUGAGGAACUCAAGGGAAAGGGUGUGGGCAAAAUUCUGAACGUCACGCGAGAGAUCGACAACUUCUUCCCUGGAAUGUUCGACUACUACAACAUCCGGGUCUAUGACGACGACUCGACCGAAAUGUUGAAAUAUUGGGACAAAACCUUUCGAUACAUUCGCAAAGCCAAAGACGAGGGCUCCAAAGUGUUGGUUCACUGCAAGAAAGGUAUCUCGAGGUCGGCAUCUGUGGUGUUGGCGUUUGUGAUGAAGGAGACGGGAUGGAAGUUAGACGAGGCCUUCGAGUUCGUCAAAAACAAGCGCAACUGUAUUCGACCGAACUCUGGGUUUCUCAGACAACUUGAGAUCUAUCAGGGAAUACUUGACGCCAGCAAACAGAGACAUAACAGUCUUUGGCGAUCCAAAUCUGAGACCAAUUUGGUCUCAAAAGACAUUUGUCUCAAAAGGAAGAGUAACGAAGAGUUGGCGAACAAUAAGAAUCGCAUUAAUAAACAGAUGAACAAUAAAAAUGAUUGCAAUAAAGAGAACUCGGAUUUUGGAAAUGUUCUCCAAAUUCCCGGUUCUGUUGAGAGACCCAAGUCUUGGUCUCCCGAAGACUCCAUUUUUGGUGAACUCUUCGCUAACAAUAAGAACUCAAACGUUAAGGAAAUGAAGAAUAAACGGUCGAACGGAAGGCAACGGUUCGGAACCGACCCCUCGUGUUAUAACAUUAUGGAAGCCAAGAGAAGCAUUGAAUUGAAAUUAACUGAAACUGACAUUUUGGACACAAAUAAAGUGCAAAAUAGAUGUUCAAUAGUAAAGGACAGGAUUAUAGACUUUGAAACUUCACAGUCACAGUCCAGUGCAAUGAUCGAUACUCUUAAAGGGAACAGUAGUUCUGGUUUGGUGUACAGUCUGACCAAUCAGUUUGAGUCAACACAUCAUAAGAAUGUUAAGCAUAAAGAAGUGAUGAUUGAUUUGUCGAACAUAGAGUCCAUUCAGAAGACUGGUCUCCAAUCUAAACCUCCGAUUCCUAAACACCAGAGCGAGAAGUUAGCCCUAUAUCCAAGACUGGAACCAUUAGAAAGUUGUGAUAAACCCUCGAAGCAUUUGUCGAGAGAACAAGUGAUUGAUUUGAAUAAGUAUUAUAUGAAGGACUUGUCGACUGAAUUGAGUCCGACUCUUGAAGUGGUGAACACUCGGCGAAGACUGGAAGACAAUAAUCUGAAGCGAACCAACUCUUACGAUAGUAUUCUCAAAGAGUUGUCACUUUCGCUGUUCGAAAACCAUUGCCAUCAGUGGUCACAACACAACGACUCUAAAGGACACAAACGAAGUUCGUCUCUGUUCUCUCACAAUCACAAUAACAAAGGGUUAGCACUUCCGCCGCUGACGACCUGUCGGUUACCAUCCAAUGAGUCCAGCGAUCACACGAGUCGACAAGAAUUGUCGCAUUACCCGAGGACUGGCCGCAUGGGUAUCCCUCACAGCAAAAGUAUGCCUUCGGUUAUAGAAGCUGUGAAUGAAGUGCUUUGCAGUACAAGUGCUGUUAUGAAUAGUUUGAUGCAAAGUAUUCCCAACACUAAAGCAAAAACAAAGCCAAUCUAUGAAUCUUCACAAGCGAUGCAAAUCCAGUCUAAUAGCAAUAGCGAGAGGCGAAUGCAAUCCAAUUUAAGUCAAUCGCUAAACGAAUCCAUUUUAUAUAGAAAUAGGUUUUCCUCGGAAUGCGAGUCCAAAGUAUAUUCUGUGACAACCAGUAAAAGUAGUACUCAUUCGAGCCGUGCGUCCAAAAUGAAAGACUCGGAUGGAGUCGUCAAACGACUGACUGAGAAGAUUGAGGCCAAAGUGAAGGGCAGUCACAGCACCGGCUCAGACACGACAGCCGAGUCCGAGACCCUCCAGCACUCGCACAGCACCCCUUCCUCUCCCAACAUCAACCGCAACGAUAGGCCGCGCGCUUCCACUCUCAAUGAGUCGACCGCUGAACCAAAAACACUGAAACCGUUGCGUAAAACGAGUUUUGAGUUUCCCUUCAAACGAAUCAAAUCUCAACAGUCUUUCGAAAGUGAAAUACAAACCAAUAGUUUCUUUUCAUCGCAAAUGAGUUCGUGUUUUACAAACAAAUUCGCAAAAACAUCGAAAAAGAGGUCCGACUCAGAGCUGACUCACAAAAGCCAUUCACAAAGCCAUGCAAUACACAUGGAGUGCUCCGGGAGUACGGAAGUGGUACGUAAGGCGGGCCCGAAGUUGCAACAGGGAAGGAGUCACCCCCUCACUAGACUCAUGCCUAUGCCUCCCAACACUUCCAAAGUGAAGAACUCUAUACUAUGUAAUCAAUUGAAUGAAUGAAUGAAUCAAUAUCUCACUCAACGCUAGUCAAUGAAAUCGCGAU